AUGGCUUCGCCUACCCUGCCUCCCCCAGACUCAGAGCAGCCCGAAACAUCAAAAUCUACCCCCGGAAAAGUCCCUGAGCCCACAAGUUCUGAAGACCAGUCAGCAGAACCGACCCCGGCGGCGACGGCGGCGGCGCCUACCAACGGCGACUGGCAAGCUAUCUUUUCACCCCAGCACAACACGUAUUACUUUUACAACACCGUCACGGGCCAGACGACAUGGGAAAACCCUUUGAUGCCUCAGCCUGAACCCCAGCCUGAAACGGCAGCGUCUUCCUCAUCUUCCUCAUCCUACGAUGCUGCUCUAGCAGCAGGUAUCGACCCUUCCCUCGCCUACCUCGACCCUUCCCUCUCUGCCGGACCCAGUGGGAGCGUCGGUGCCUACACCGCCACGGCAAAGUUCAACGCGCGCACUGGCCGCUUCACAGCCAACGACGCCCGUGAUCCGAGCCAUAUGUCCGAGUAUGAAAGAGCGAAGCGGAUGAGUGAGUUUUAUUUUGAUGUGGGGGCGUGGGAGGCCCAGAGGGAUCAACAGCAGCAGCAACAAGAGGAGGAAGGGAAGAAGAGGAAGAGACCAAGUAAGAAGGAUUUGGAUCGUUUCAAGGAGCAGAAGAGGCUUAAAAAGAUCGCAAAGACUGCUUGGUUGCGAACUUGA